AUGAAUCACUAAGAUAAUACAUUCAAGGGAGUUUUGAAAUAAUAACUGAUUGUUGAUUCUGAAAGUGGUCCUUACAAAACAAUUUAAGAAGCUAUUGAUAAAGCUGAAGCUAAUACUGUUAUAAAAAUAGCUCCAGGACUUUAUUCUUCAAAUAUAAUAAUAAAUAAACCGGGCCUUCGUUUAGAGCCCAAAGAAAAAGUUGGAGAUAUAAUAAUAGUUGUAUCCUCAAAAUCUACGAUAUUUGUGGAUUUAAAAAAAGAUGAGCGUUGCACUUUGAUUGGAUUAAAAAUGUCUCAUAGUGGCACAAGCGAAGAAGUAGAAGAAUUAGAGAAACUGAUAGAAGAAUAAGAAAUUGCAAAAAAUCUAUUCGGUAAUCAUGAAGAUGGAGCAGCUGGAUUGGAAUCAAAUCCAGAUGAAGAUUUUGUUAGUAAAGUACCUAUUGAACCUAAUAUGAAUUGUGUUUUGUUACUAAAUGGUGGUAAAUUGUUUAUGGAAGACUGCCUGAUUGCUUUAAAGUAAAUAAUUAAUUUAAAGAUAUAGUUUUAUAGUAAAAUCUUUCAAAGGUAUUUUACCAGGAAUAGCAAUAAAUAAUGGAGCUGAAGCUUUGUUUAUUAGAUGUGAAAUAAAAGGAACUUCAUCUAAAAAUUAAGAUGCUAAGACAAUAGGUAUUUUACUAAAGUUGGGAGAUCUUAUAAUAAAAGAUAGUAAGAUUCAUAAUCAUACAUACGGAGGAAUUCUAAUCCAAUAAGCACCAACAAAUAAAAAUGUUAGAAUUAUGAAUAGCAAAAUAAUUUAGAAUAAAAAAGUAGGUAUUCAUGUUGUAGGUGCAGAUGCUGUUCCUUAAAUAGAAUAAUGUAGAAUUGAAAAUAAUGAGGGUCCAGGUAUAAAAGUAGGUAUAGGUAAUAAAGCAAAGAUUUUUGGGAAUGAAAUUAAAACAAAUGUUAUUGGAAUAGAAGUAUUAUCUGCUGAUCCUUAAAUUUUUAAUAAUAAAAUAGACAAAAAUUUUACAGAUGGUGUAUUGACUAAAGUAUUUGAACAAUUAAGAUGUGAUGGUAAAAUUAAAUCAAAUUAAACUAUUUCUGGAAAUAAAGAAAAUGGAAUUCAUUGUACAGGCCAAAAUAAUUUUACAAGAAUAGAAUCAAAUACAUUUAUAGGUUAUAAUAAGAAGGCAGGAAUUAAAGCAGAUACAGAAUCACGUAUAUCAAUAUUCAAAAAUAAAAUUUCAAAAAAUUUAGGUUAAGGAGUUUUGUUAGUUGAAACUUCAUCAGCAGUAAUUGAAAAAAAUGAAAUUACUGAUAAUAUCAAAGCUAAUGUGGCUUUAGGAGGAGCAAAUUCAGUAGAUACAUUUAUUGUAGAAAACAAAAUAUUAGGUGGCAGAUGUGAAGGUAUUUUUUUAAUAGAAUGUGGUAGAUGUUGGAUAUUUAGAAAUAAUAUUGCAGAAAAUGUAAAUAUUAUUAAUAUUUAUAUAGAAUGAUGGAAUUGUAUGUAUUACAGCUGUUCCUGUAAUAAGAAGUAAUAAUAUAUAGAAGAAUAAAAGUAAUGGAAUCAUGAUACUAAAAGAUAGUAGACCUGAAAUUCUUGAAAAUAAUAUUAAUGAUAAUGAUGGAAUAGGAUUAUUUAUUAGAGAUAAAAGUCAUGGAAAAAUAGUAAAUAAUGUGAUUAAAUCUAAUGAAAUUGAGUUAGUUGUUGAAAGAAGAAACCCAUCGUUAGAAUCAAUAGUAUAAGAAAACAAAGUAAAUGGAGAUAUUAGAAUUCCUUAAAAUUACGAUUGCAUAAUAUAAUGA